CCCAAGCACAAGGGCCAGGGCACCGGGGGGGUCCAUCGCUCCCCCCGCGCCCUCUUCUGCCUCCGCCUCAACAACCCCAUCCGCCGGGCGGCCAUCAGCAUCGUGGAGUGGAAGCCCUUUGACAUCCUCAUCCUCGCCACCAUCUUUGCCAACUGUGUGGCCCUGGGGGUCUACAUCCCCUUCCCUGAGGACGACUCCAACGCCUCCAACCACAACCUGGAGCAGGUGGAGUAUGUGUUCCUCAUCAUCUUCACUGUGGAGACCUUCCUGAAGAUCAUCGCCUACGGGCUGGUCCUGCACCCCAGCGCCUACAUCCGCAACGGCUGGAACCUGCUGGACUUUGUCAUCGUCAUUGUAGGGCUGUUCAGCGUGAUCCUGGAGCAGGUGUCCCACAAGCCCGGGGAGGCCCAUCACAUGAGCGGCAAACCGGGGGGCUUCGACGUCAAGGCCCUGCGCGCCUUCCGCGUCCUGCGGCCCCUGCGCCUGGUCUCCGGGGUCCCCAGCCUGCACAUCGUGCUGAACUCCAUCAUGAAGGCCAUGGUGCCGCUGCUGCACAUCGCGCUGCUCGUGCUCUUCGUCAUCAUCAUCUACGCCAUCAUCGGCCUCGAGCUCUUCAUCGGCCGCAUGCACAAGACCUGCUUCUUCAUCGGCUCUGACCUGGAGUCAGAGGACGACCCCUCCCCAUGUGCCUUCUCGGGGCACGGCCGCGCCUGCCUGCAGAACAACACCGAGUGCCGGGGCCGCUGGGAGGGGCCCAACGGGGGCAUCACCAACUUCGACAACUUCUUCUUCGCCAUGUUGACCGUGUUCCAGUGCAUCACUAUGGAGGGCUGGACCGAUGUCCUCUACUGGAUGCAGGACGCGAUGGGCCACGAGCUCCCCUGGAUUUACUUUGUCAGCCUCGUCAUCUUCGGCUCCUUCUUUGUCCUCAACUUGGUGCUGGGAGUGCUGAGCGGGGAGUUCUCCAAGGAGCGUGAGAAGGCCAAAGCCCGUGGAGACUUCCAGAAGCUGCGGGAGAAGCAGCAGAUGGAGGAGGAUCUUCGAGGCUACAUGGACUGGAUCACCCAGGCCGAGGACAUGGAGGGCGACGAGGAUGAGCACGAGAAGCACCGUCUGACCACUGAGGAGCUGAUGGGGAAGCGGAAGCCGCGGCUCAAGUGGCUGCGCCACGCCAGCCACUCCACUGACACCCACGCCAGCCUUCCUGGCAGUGAAACCACCUCGGUGAACACGGAGACGGUGGGAGAGGAGGACGCGCAGCCCACGGCCUGUGACCGCUGCCUAGGCAAAUUUACGAAGACAAAAUUUGGGCGCCGCCUGCGCCGCCUGAACCGCCUGUGGCGCCGACGCUGCCGCGGGGCCGUCAAGUCCGUCUCCUUCUACUGGACCGUCCUGCUCCUGGUCUUCCUCAACACCCUCACCAUCGCCUCUGAGCACCACGGGCAGCCCCCCUGGCUUACUGCCACGCAAGCCUAUGCCAACAAGGUGCUGCUGUCGCUCUUCGCUGCUGAGAUGCUGCUCAAGCUCUAUGCCCUGGGCCCCUCCUGCUACUUUGCCAGCUUCUUCAACCGCUUCGACUGCUUCGUGGUCUGCGGGGGGGUCCUGGAGACCACCCUGGUGGAGCGGGGGGCCAUGGAGCCCCUCGGCAUCUCCGUCCUGCGCUGCGUCCGGCUGCUCCGUGUCUUCAAGGUCACCAGGCACUGGGCAUCGCUGAGCAACCUGGUGGCCUCCCUGCUGAACUCCAUGAAGUCUAUCGCCUCCCUCCUGCUCCUGCUCUUCCUCUUCAUCAUCAUCUUCGCCCUCCUGGGGAUGCAGCUUUUCGGGGGGCGCUUCAGCUUUGACGAGACCCAGACCAAGCGCAGCACCUUCGACACCUUCCCCCAGGCCCUGCUCACUGUCUUCCAGAUCCUGACGGGAGAAGACUGGAAUGCUGUGAUGUAUGAUGGGAUCAUGGCCUAUGGGGGCCCUGUCUUCCCUGGGAUGCUCGUUUGCAUCUACUUCGUUAUUCUCUUCAUCUGUGGGAACUACAUCCUCCUCAACGUCUUCCUGGCCAUCGCCGUGGACAACUUGGCUGAUGGGGACAACAUCAACUCCGGGGGGGACAAAAAGGAUAAGGCUGAAGAGGCAGAAGCCGGAGCCACGAGCCAAGAUGUGAGUGUGAAGAUCGAGGGGGAGCAGCGAGAGGAGGAGGAAGAGGAAGAGGAGGGAGAAGGCGAGGAAGGUGACGAGGAGGCUGGGGGUGAGCGGGACAGCUUGGGGGGGUCCCGGCUGGAGGCCCUGGAGGAGCCCCCCAAGAGCAAAGUGGCACCGAUCCCUGAGGGCAGCUCCUUCUUCCUGCUGAGCAACACUAACCCGCUGCGGGUGCGGUGCCACGCCCUGAUCCACCACCACAUCUUCACCAACCUCAUCCUCGUCUUCAUCAUCCUCAGCAGCAUCUCCCUGGCAGCCGAGGACCCCGUCCGCGCCCACUCCCCCCGCAACAACAUUUUGGGGUACUUUGACUACGCCUUCACCUCCAUCUUCACCGUGGAGAUCCUGCUCAAGAUGACAGCCUUUGGCGCCUUCCUGCACAAAGGCUCCUUCUGCCGCAACUGGUUCAACCUCCUUGACCUGCUGGUCGUCGGCGUCUCCCUCGUCUCCUUCGCAUUCCACUCCAGCGCCAUCUCGGUGGUGAAGAUCCUGCGGGUCCUGCGUGUCCUGCGGCCCCUGCGAGCCAUCAACCGUGCCAAGGGCCUCAAGCACGUGGUGCAGUGUGUCUUCGUUGCCAUCCGCACCAUCGGGAACAUCAUGAUCGUCACCACGCUGCUGCAGUUCAUGUUCGCCUGCAUCGGAGUCCAGCUCUUCAAGGGCAAGUUCUAUAGCUGUACCGACGAGGCCAAGCACACACCUGAGGAGUGCAAGGGCACCUUCCUGGUCUACAAGGACGGGGAUGUGUCCCACCCCAUGGUGCGCGAGCGCCAGUGGCUCAACAGCGACUUCAACUUCGAUAACGUGCUGGCUGGGAUGAUGGCCCUGUUCACCGUGUCCACCUUCGAGGGGUGGCCCGCGCUGCUCUAUAAGGCCAUUGAUGCCAACGCUGAGGACCAGGGCCCCAUCUACAACUACCGGGUGGAAAUCUCCAUCUUCUUCAUCGUCUACAUCAUCGUCAUCGCCUUCUUCAUGAUGAACAUCUUUGUUGGCUUCGUCAUCAUCACCUUCCGCGCCCAGGGCGAGAAUGAGUAUCGCAACUGCGAGCUGGACAAGAACCAGCGCCAGUGCGUGGAGUACGCGCUGAAGGCGCAGCCGCUGCGUCGCUACAUCCCCAAGAACCGCACCCAGCACCGCGUCUGGGCCAUGGUCAACUCCACCGCCUUCGAGUACAUCAUGUUCGUCCUCAUCCUGCUCAACACCAUCGCCCUGGCCGUGCAGCACUACGAGCAGUCCAAGCCCUUCAACUACGUGAUGGAUCUGCUCAACAUGGUCUUCACUGGGCUCUUCACCGUCGAGAUGGUGCUCAAGAUCAUCGCCUUCAAACCACGGGUGGGUGCUUGGGGGACACGGGGGUCACAGAGGGACAUGGGUGGGUCACACGGGUGGGUCACGUGGAUGUCACACACCUUGCAGCACUACUUCUGCGACGCCUGGAACACCUUCGAUGCCCUCAUCGUGGUGGGCAGCGUGGUGGACAUCGCUGUCACCGAGGUCAACAGCUCCGAGGACAGCUCCCGUAUCUCCAUCACCUUUUUCCGGCUCUUCCGGGUGAUGCGGCUGGUGAAGCUGCUCUCCAAGGGCGAGGGGAUCCGCACGCUGCUCUGGACCUUUGUCAAGUCCUUCCAGGCCCUGCCCUACGUCGCCCUCCUCAUCGCCAUGAUCUUCUUCAUCUACGCUGUCAUCGGCAUGCAGACCUUUGGGAAGGUGGCCCUGCAGGAUGGGACCCAGAUCAACCGCAACAACAACUUCCAGACGUUCCCCCAGGCUGUGCUGCUGCUCUUCAGAUGUGCCACAGGGGAGGCCUGGCAGGAGAUCAUGCUGGCCAGCCUGCCAGGCAAGCGCUGCGACCCCGAGUCGGACGCGGAACCAGGGGAGGAAUUCACCUGCGGCAGCAACUUCGCCAUCGUCUAUUUCAUCAGCUUCUUCAUGCUCUGCGCCUUCCUGAUCAUCAACCUCUUCGUCGCUGUCAUCAUGGACAACUUUGACUACCUGACCCGCGACUGGUCCAUCCUGGGCCCCCACCACCUGGAUGAGUUCAAGCGCGUCUGGUCCGAGUACGACCCUGCAGCCAGGGGACGCAUCAAGCACCUGGACGUGGUGACACUCCUGCGCCGCAUCCAGCCCCCUUUGGGCUUUGGGAAGCUUUGUCCCCACCGUGUGGCCUGCAAGCGCCUGGUGGCCAUGAACAUGCCCCUCAACUCGGAUGGGACAGUCACCUUCAACGCCACCCUCUUUGCCCUGGUCCGCACCUCUCUCAAGAUCAAGACGGAAGGGAACUUGGACGUGGCCAACAAAGAGCUGCGCGCAGUGGUCAAGAAGAUCUGGAAGAGAACCAAGCCCAAGCUGCUGGAUGAAGUCAUCCCCCCACCUGAGGAGGAGGAGGUGACCGUGGGCAAGUUCUACGCCACAUUCCUGAUCCAGGACUAUUUCCGCAAGUUCCGCCGGCGGAAGGAGCGGGGGAUGCUGGGGCCCAACGCGGGGCCCAGCAAUGAGUGUGCACUGCAGGCUGGGCUGCAGACGCUGCAGGCGCUGGGCCCUGAGAUGCGUCGGGCGCUGAGCUGUGACCUGGAGGGCGAGGGCGACGCUCCCGCUGCAGCUGCCGCCACCACGGAGGAGGAGGAGCAGGAGCAGCUCACCUAUGCGCCCCCUGAGACGCUCUAUGGCUCUGCCCCCAACUCCCCCCCACCAGACCCCAGCCCAGCUCCCACCGAGGGGGAGGAUCCUGCACCCCCCCCUCACAGCAGGAGGCGCUCAGAGGAUGGGGGGCAGGAAGAGGUGCCCCCUCCCGAGGACGAGGAGGAGCUGGGGGGACACGGCAGCCUUGAAGAGGACCUGGGGGGCUCAGCGCCCCGCCAUCGCUGGGCCGGGCACAGAAUGCCAGGGCCUCUGCCCACCCACCAGCUGCCCCGCUGGGCAGGGGAGGUGCCGCGGGGGGGGUCGCUGCCGCUGCCCUCCCGCCACUUCGCCCUCCGCAACGGGAGCCUGGAGGGGCAGCAGCUCAAGAGGCGGCGCCUCCUGCCCCCCACCCCCGCAGGCCGGAAACCCUCCUUCACCAUCCAGUGCCUGCGGCGCCAGGGCAGCUGCGAGGACGAGCCCAUCCCGGGCACCUACAACCCCUCGGGCCCCCCCGGCUCCUCACGGUCACAGGGCUACGGCAGCUCCGAGACCUGGCGCCUGGGGGGCUCCUCGCACGCGUGGGCCACGGCCCCCACCCGCGGCCACGUUCUCUACGCGCCCCUGAUCCUGGUGGAGGGCGGCCCGGCCCCGGUGCCGGGCGGCAGCGGGAGCCUCCCCCCGCUCUCCCGCUGGUACGUGGGGGAGCGCCCCGGCCCCCUCCGCCUGCGGCCCUGCGGCCCGGGGGACGCGUUGGCCCGCGGCUCCGCAGACAGCCUGGUGGAAGCGGUUCUCAUCUCGGAGGGCUUGGGGCUGUUCGCCCGCGACCCCAAAUUCGUGGCCGUGGCCAAGCGGGAAAUCGCCGACGCCUGCGACUUGACGAUGGACGAGAUGGAGAGCGCGGCCACCGACCUGCUGAGCCGGCGGCGCUCGCAGCCCCACGGCCCGCCCGGCCCCGCCGGCUACAGCGACGAGGAGCCGCUGCGCCCGCCCGAGGAGGAGCUGGCGGACGAGAUGGCCUGUGUGCGCGGGCUCUGAGGCGGGGGCGCCGCGGAACGAGGGGGGUUCGCCCCAAAAGCCGCAGCGCUCUGCCUCCAAAACGCGCGGGUUUGCGUUCCUCGGAAAAAGGGAAGGUUUUGCCUCAAAAAAACACCCCCAGGUUUUGCCUCAGAGGGUAAAGGAAGCGGGUGCUCAAAAAAAGGUGUUUUUUUUUUCCUUUUAAAAAUAUUUUUACCUCAAAAAAAGCAUUUCUCCCCCAAAAACGCAGCGUUCUGCCUCCAAAACGUGUGGGGUUGUUUUCCUCGGAAAAAGGGAAGGUUUUACCUCAAAAUAACCCAGGUUUUGCCUCAGGAAACGGGAGGUUUGUCCUCAGAGGGUAAAGGAAGGGGGUGCUCGAAAAAAGGGAGUGUUUUUUCCUUUUAAAAAGGUUUUUACCUCAAGAAAAGCAUUUCUCCCCCAAAAAAAGUGUGGGUUUGUUUUCCUUGGAAAA